AUGUCGCACCAUACAGUGACAUCUGUAUCGAAGGUAUACACCGACGUGCUAGCCUCAAAACCUCAAUCGUACUGGGACUACGAAAACACAAACAUCAAGUGGGAACUGCAGGACAACUAUGAGAUUAUAAAGAAAUUAGGUAGAGGGAAAUAUUCUGAAGUAUUUUUAGGAGUUGAACUUUCAAAUGCUCAAAAAUGUGUAAUCAAAGUCUUAAAGCCAGUUAAGAGGAAGAAGAUUAAGAGAGAAAUCUCAAUUUUGAAGAAUUUAGUGGGGGGUCCAAAUAUUAUUGGAUUAUUGGAUAUUGUUCGUGAACCUCAACUGAAAACUCCAGGUUUAAUUUUUGAACAUGUUAAUAAUAUAGAUUUCCGUACCUUAUAUCCUACAUUCAAUGAUAUGGAUAUUAGAUUUUAUAUGCAUGAGUUAUUGAAAGCAUUAGAUUAUUCACAUUCAAUGGGGAUCAUGCAUCGUGAUGUGAAACCACAUAAUGUGAUGAUUGAUCAUGAAUUUAAGGUAUUGCGUCUCAUUGAUUGGGGGCUUGCCGAAUAUUACCAUCCUGGUACUGAAUAUAAUGUGAGAGUUGCCUCUCGUUAUUUUAAAGGUCCUGAAUUAUUGGUUGAUUUCCGCUUGUACGAUUAUUCAUUAGAUUUAUGGUCAUAUGGUUGUAUGUUGGCUUCAAUGGUGUUCAAGAAGGAACCAUUUUUCCAUGGAAAGUCGAAUACUGAUCAAUUGGUUCAAAUUGUAAGAGUUUUGGGAUCUGAUGAUCUUCACAAAUACUUGCAAAAGUACGAAUUAACUCUCAGUGAGGAGUAUGAAGAUUUAGGAUAUUAUAACCGUAGACCUUGGAAAAGAUUCAUUAAUGAAAACAAUCAACAUUUAGUUUCCGAUGAGUUUUUGGACUUUAUUGAUAAGUUAUUGAAAUAUGAUCACCAAGAAAGAUUAACUGCAAAGGAAGCUAUGGAUCAUCCAUACUUUGAUCCUAUUAGAGAAGUGAAGAAAUAG